UGCUGGGGCGCGCCUUUUGGUCCCCCGCGGCGCGCCCGCCGCGCGCCGAUGGGCGCGCAGAGCUCGGCUCGGCCGGGCCGCUCGCAGAAGGGCUCGGCUCGGCGGGGCCGCCGCAGGCCGCGUGUCCGAGUGCACAGCGGCACCAUCUCGUCCCCGCGGGAGCUCCGUCCGGCGGAAUAUCCAUACGUCGAGGUGUUCCAGGAAAGGCUUGAUGGCCGGAGCCUUGCUCGGCUGCAGCGCGGGAAAAGCGAUCCCAUCUUUGGAGUCUAG